AGUAAAUGUAUAAAAGUAUUUCUGUCUCAUUAACUUGUGCAUUUUCCUUCUGUCUGCAUUGCAGAGAGGUGAAUUCAGUCGCGAACAGUCAUCAUGACCCAUUGGAUCAGCACUUUAGAAGUAGCUCAGGUCAAUAGAGGACUUCACUAUUUUGGUCUUAAAGUCCCAUGUACAGUCCGCAUAAUUGAACCAUUUGAUAAUGGUGCAAAAAUAUUCAUCCAUGGAUUACCCAAAGCGGAUGCUAAAAAGCUUUCCGUUGAUAUUCGGACUUCACUCGCAGAGAAUGCGGAUGUAUGUCUACAUAUGGAUAUACUCUUUGAAAGAAACUCUGUGAUCUUCAGUACCUGUGCCGAUGGCGAAUGGAAUGAGGAGGAAGAAAAGGCCCUGUGCGUUGCUUCUUUUGAACCUGAAAAACCAUUUCUUUUGGAAUUGACUGCUUCCGCGGAUGGAUACGAUGUUGCUGUAAACAACGAACAUCUCGACGUUGUUGCUUAUAGAGUAGCGGCUUCAAAGGCAACUCACAUUCUAAUAUCCGGGGAUCUAAGAUUACCUGGCCUACAUUUUCCUCUAGGCGAUAUUAUUCACACAAAUAAAAUUACUAUACCUGGUAAUAUACAAAAGAGUAGUGUCUUUACUAUGACAGGUCGCCUUUUGCCGAAUGAAGAUAGUUUUUCCAUUAACUUUCAAACCGGAGAAUCAUCAGACUCUGACAUAACUCUGCACGUAAAUCCGCGAUAUAACGUAGGAGAAGUUGUUCGAAAUUGCAGAAAUGGUGGCGAAUGGGGUGCGGAAGAAAAGGAUGGCGGAUUCCCUUUCGAUAGGUCUCAAGAUUUUAGCAUUAUGAUAGUGCCCCGAAACGAAACUUACCACGUUUGGGUUAACGGAACUAAAUUUACUGCUUUCUCUCACCGUAUGGAUAUGACUCAAGCUUGCGUUUUAAAUAUAGAAGGUGGAGUACGAAUGGACGAUAUCUCUAUUGACGCUCCUCCAGAGUCCAUGCCACCUGGAAGCGGUCUAGAAGAAAUUAUAUUCAGUUCAGACUGGAAAGAGGAUAAGUACAAUCCUCAACUGCCUAUUGAACUUGACAUUAAUGAAGCCAUGGCAGGCAAUAUUUUAUGCAUAUCGGCAGUAGUACCUCCUGGAGCAGAAAGAUUUCACAUAAACUACCAAGCAGAACUUACCGAAAAUGCCGAUGUAGUAUUUCACUACAACCCCAGAUUUCAAAGUAAGCAGGUAAUUCUAAAUACUCGAGAUGGCGGCGAAUGGAGUACGGACGAAGUCCGUUGGAACGAUUUCCCGUUUAGAGAUGGUGCGAGAUUCGAAAUUAUCAUUCAUUGCAGCGAGACCGGUUUCCACGUCAGCGUCAAUGACGAAGCUCCUAAAACGUUCCUACAUCGUCUGAGCCUCUCUCGUGCGAAAUUUAUUGUAGUUAAGGGAGAUAUUGUUGUUAAGAGACUGAUAUUUAUGUAAUGUUAACACGUUAUAACGUCUAAAUUAAACAGUACUUACUAAGCUUUUCGAUAUAUAAA